ACCAAGCAUGGAUCCUGAAUACUAUUACCACACCAGUUUCUCCAUAACCAAAAAGGCAGCCCGCACCACAAUAUUCCCUCACCUCCAAAUCAAUUUCAACCUUUCCCUCCACAAAGAAUACACCAACUACCUCAUAAACUUCGAAACCGGCCCUCGCCAUCUCCCUCUGCCUCUCUCGCACCGCAGCCCCAGCACGGCCCUCAUCAUCGUCCGAGAACAUCUCUCGUUCGACGACGUGCAAGAGGCGGUGGGAGCAGCCAUAGGCGACAGCCUCCGCGGUCACGAGCGCAGCCACGCGAUCUUGCUGGCGUGGGAGCGGCUGCUCGGGGCUUUCUCCCCGCAGGAACCCUUGCCCAAGUACGUCGAAUUGGAUUUCGAUAUGGAUGUGUGGACCAGGUACUGGUACGUUCACGGCGAGGGGAGCGACGACGGUGGCGGCAUGGUUCCUGCGGCGGAGGAGGAGAUACGGAUGCUCGAGGAGUGCGAUGUGGCGGAGGAGGAGAGGUACUGUUCGAUUUGCUUGGAAGAGCUUGGUGUGGCGUUGAGAAUGCCGUGUUCACAUGUGUUUCACGGCGGUUGCAUUAAGGAUUGGCUGCGGAAGAGCCAUUAUUGCCCGCUUUGCCGAUACCAGAUGCCCACAGCCACCACCGAGUAG